AUGGGCGGCGGUAGUCACUUACCAUCAGGUGAACCGCCAGCUCCUUUGCCACCAUCUCACAUAAAAAAGAAACAUUUCUACCGGAAAAGAACAGUAAAAAGGACUUAUCCACGACGUUGCGAAUCUUUGUCACCCGAGCGGAAGUGCGCCGCCGGCGGGUGCGCGCGCGCAACGGCCGCGCGUCAAGUGACGCCAUAUUGUUUUCCGCACAAUGGCCGCCGCGGCUUUCCCGCGCUGCAAUUAAACGACAAGAAUGAAUCGGUCCGAAUCAACGGUGGCUUUUCGACUUUCAAA